UGCCCGCCGCCCCGCGCCGCCCCGCGCCGCCCCGCGCCCGCUCCGCUUCCGGGGUCCCGGGGGGUCCGGGCCCCGGCUGGAGCUGCGGGAGGACGAUGAGGAGGGCGGAGACGCGGAGGACCGCAGCGAGGCCGAGCCCGCUCUGCCCCGCCCCGCUCCGCUCCGCUCUGCUCCGUGCGGGCCUCUUCCUGGGAACAGGAGGGUGUGGGAGUUCUGGGUGGGACGCAGAAUGUCAGCAUCAGCGGCAGGAUCGGCUGCUUCCUCCUCUGCUCCUGACGCCAUGCGCUGGCUUCCUUUGAGGAAGCACCCCAGAAGCCAGAGCCCAUUGUCCCACCUGUGGGUUCCACAGGCCGUGCAGACGUGGAGCACGGAUGAAGAUGCCAUCAUGGAGACCUUGACCAAACUCAAUGUUUGCCAACAUCAGCAAGUUCUGAUCACCUACAAGAGCCCUUUUAGCAGGGGAAACAGAGAUGAAGGAAUGUACGUGGCUGUGCUCAGCAAGAUGCUCAGAGGCACUGCUGACAAGGACGUAACAGACAGCGUUAAAUCUGAGAUGUCAGGAGACCUGGAAGGUGCUUUGCUGGCUGUGGUACAGUGUGUGCGAAACGAGCCUGCGUGUUUUGCUGAAAGGCUGUGUAAACCCAUGAAGGGCCUGGGAGCAGCUGACAGCACUCUGAUCAGAGCGAUGGUGUCCCGCUCCGAGAUGGAUCUGCUGGAUAUCAGAAGGGAAUUCCUGACCAUGUAGGAGUCUCUCUACUCCUUCAUGAAGGGAGUUGCUGCUGUUGGCUGCUGUUGGCAGCCGGCUCUCCCCUCAGAUGGCACCGGUCCCACAGCCGCUGCGUGCCGGAGCUCCAGGCAGCACCGAGACGGAACCGCGGCACGGCGGGAGCAGUGCUGAGCACAGCGGCGCCAGAGCCGGGAGGGAUGGAGAGCGGCACCUGGACAGGGAAGGAAGUGAAUGGAGGAAUGGGGAAGAGCUGAGCCCCGGCUUGCCACAGGAGCUGCACGGAAGGAGAAGCUGGGCCCAAAGGUAAGAGGAGCUGCUUUGGGUUGUGGGCUUGAAGCCAAGCGGAGAAGCCGUGCCCGGGAGGAGGUGUGGGCAGCUGCAGGCCACCUUGCCGUCUCCCCAAGAGAUGCGGGCUGUGGGCCAGCAGCGGGCAGGAGUGCUGGCCAGAAGCAAGCAUCUCUUGGAGGAAGGCAAAGUGCAGAGGAGGUUGAAGGGGAGCUACUGGGCACGGCCUUGCUCAGCAAGGGGAGGAAAGCCUGAAGGGCAUGAGAAGGGAAGAGAGAAGAGCAGGCAGGCGGCGUGAAGCUUGAGCAGAGCUGAGAGGCACCGGGCAGAGCAGCAAGCAGAGGAGGCAAGUGUUGGGAUUUGGUGUGAGUAGCAGCAAAAGCCAAGAGCAUGAAGAAGGAGGAAGUGAGGAGAAGGUAAGUGAAGGGCAGGCGAGGUAAUG